ACAAUGCCGCCCGCCAGGGGGCGCCGUGGUGCGGCGGGAGAGCCAUGGCGGACUAUGAGGCGGUGCAGCGGGGGCCGCUGCGGCUGAAGGGCAGCGGAGCGGGGCUGGGGGCCGGCAAGCGGAAGAAGAAAAAGAAGGCAAAGGAGAAGGCCCAGAUCCUGGAGCAGAUCGUGAGCAGCAAGAAGCAGGAGGAGGAGAAGAAGCGCGGCCUGGACAAGCGCACCCCAGCGCAGGUGGCCUACGAGAAGAUGCAGGAGAAGCGGCAAAUGGAGAGGAUCCUGAAGAAAGCAUCCAAAACCCAUAAGCAGAGAGUGGAGGACUUCAACAGGCACUUGGAUACUCUGACUGAGCACUACGACAUUCCCAAAGUCAGCUGGACAAAGUGAAUGGGGUGCUUCUCAAGGCUUUGGAUCAGGGGGUGUAUGUUGUUUGUGUUAAACAGGGUUGCCAUGUAAAUGUGUGUAUUCUCCGUACUGACUGUUUUAUAUAUCUCCCGAAUGUUUAUGGAUUUGUACUUCUAUUUCAUUGGUUUGGGUUUUGAAACCGAAUACUUAACCAAGUCUCUCCUUGGCUGAUGAGCUCUGAUUUAUGAAGGUGCAGAGGGGUUGGGGGUUUUUAGUGCUUACAGCAAGAUUAAGGCCAAAAUUGAUUGCUGUGAGCCAGCUGGGAAGUGUUCCUUUAUUUAUUUGAUACAGGUUUUUUUGGACAUCAAGAGUCUGGCAUCUCUCAUAGCAUAAGUUUCUCUUGCAAGAGAGAGGAAUUGUGUAGUUUCUUUUUAUCUAGAGGCCUUUCAGGGGUGGAGAGUCUGCUGUAACAUGUAACUUCAAUGUCACUAUUAAAAUGCCACUGUCAUCCUUUUAUUGGUGCUGACUUACUUAUAAACGAGGGGAAGAGUUUGCGCGUGGAGUUUUUGUAGUGCCUUGCUUGCCUUUAUAACCCUUCCUGCCUUUGAGAGAUGACAUGUACCUCGAUUAAAAACCCAACAUCCCUCUUAAA